UGGAUUCAGACUUUUGUUGGAGAGGCAGACCACGCCUCUGCUUUGCUGCAGCUCGCUGUGCAGAGUCACACUCGUGUCUCUGGGUUUAUUUCAGCCGGGGGACGGAGAGAGGGAGAAAUAAGGAGGAAGGAAUAAAGGCGGAUACCACCGGUGCACAUACCCACUACCACCGCCGCCUCUCAGUGGCUCUCUCAUGCAGUUUUGAGGAGGACACCCCCUCCCUCCCUGCACCUGUUCUGCCUCGUCUUCUCGCCGUCUCGCAGGAGUUGUCGAGCCGCUUGAGAGCGAGCGGAGCGCACGUCGCCUUUCAUUGUUAGACAGACGGCGUUCAGAGCAUGACUUCUGCGUUCAACAUGGAUUUCCACCCCCUGACGGAAAGUCGGUUAAUGGCUUCGAGCGAUUCGCUCAACGGCAGCAAGAUGAAUGGGUCAAUGGAGCAUUUGGACCAGCCAGACCCCGACUCCAUCAAGAUGUUUGUGGGACAGAUUCCACGCUCCUGGUCAGAAACGGAACUGAAAGAGCUUUUUGAGCCCUACGGAGCUGUGCAUCAGAUCAACAUCCUCCGUGAUCGCACCCAGAAUCCCCCUCAAAGCAAAGGAUGCUGUUUUGUAACUUUUUAUACAAGAAAGGCUGCACUGGAGGCCCAGAAUGCACUGCACAACAUAAAGACCUUAAGUGGGAUGCAUCAUCCUAUCCAGAUGAAACCUGCGGACAGUGAGAAAACAAGUGCGGUAGAAGACAGAAAACUCUUCAUCGGAAUGGUUUCAAAGAAAUACGGCGAGAACGAGAUCAGAAUGAUGUUCUCGUCUUUCGGCCAAAUCGAAGAGUGCCGAAUUCUCCGGGGACCAGAUGGUCAGAGCAGAGGCUGUGCGUUUGUCACAUUUGCUACCAGGGCAAUGGCACAGAAUGCAAUCAAAACCAUGCAUCACUCUCAGACUAUGGAGGGCUGUUCCUCACCUUUGGUAGUGAAGUUUGCCGACACACAGAGAGAUAAAGAGCAGAGGCGCCUGCAACAGCAGCUAGUACAGCAGAUUCAACAACUCAACAACGCCUCCACCUGGGGAAACCUGGCUGGCCUGGGGACCCUCACACCACAGUACCUGGCUUUGCUCCAGCAGGCCACAUCUACCAGUAAUCAAAGCAGUUUCAAUGGUAUGCAGAGACUAGGAGCAGGUGUGAAUCCCCUUCAGCUGCAGAACUUGGCCACAAUAGCUGCGGCGGCGGCCGCAGCUCAGAACUCUGGCAGCCCGACUUCCGCCAACGCCCUGUCUGCAAGCGCUGGAGCCCUGGGAGCUCUGGGCAAUCCAGCUGGUUCAACAGCAGUUUCCAGCGCUGGUGCUGCUAUGAGCACCUUGGCAUCUCUGAGCACCCUGCAGGGUCUCACUGGGACCUCUGUGGGCCUCAAUAACCUUAACGCUCUCACCAGCGGCGUCGGUGGUAUGGCGGCCAUGAACGGAGGCCUGGGAGCCUCAAUGGCCAACGGGUCAGCAGCCAGCUCCAUGGACGCUCUGACCCAGGCCUACUCAGGGAUGCAGCAGUACACCGCCUCCGCUCUGCCCUCCCUCUACAGCCAGUCCCUACUGCAGCAGAGCAUCGCUGGCAACCAGAAGGAAGUAGGGCCAGAGGGCGCCAACCUGUUCAUCUACCACCUGCCCCAGGAGUUUGGGGACCAGGAUCUCCUGCAGAUGUUCAUGCCUUUUGGAAACGUGGUCUCUGCCAAAGUCUUCAUCGACAAACAGACCAAUCUGAGCAAGUGCUUUGGGUUCGUCAGCUAUGACAAUCCUGUGUCUGCGCAGGCUGCCAUCCAGGCCAUGAAUGGUUUCCAGAUUGGAAUGAAGAGGCUGAAGGUUCAGCUGAAGCGCUCCAAGAACGACAGCAAACCCUACUGAUCCUAGCCCCGGGGCCUUACCCCCUCCCCAGCUCUAAUGCUAGCACUGCUAGGGUAAGUUCACCCUCCAGCCAAGGUCACCACAGCAGAGACUCAGUGGGGCAGGGGGUAAAGGAGCCCACUACAGGAGGGAGACUUACCCUAUUACUUAAAAAUGGUUGCAAUGAUCGUUCCACUUUUUACUGUUUCAUUCCUGCGGUUUUCUCAUGUAAUUUGAGUCUGAUUAAAUAUUUUAAUGUGUAUGAUUAUUUAUGACUAUCACUGGAGUCAGUGUUCGCUGGAGGUAUUUUGUGUCACUGUAUUUUAGUGGAGAGCAUCAGAUGUGUUUCCAUGCCAUUUCAUUGCCUUCAGGUCAAGUUUGACAGGUUGACUAAGGAUCAGUUGUUGUGUUGAAGGGCUACAGCCCCCAGGCCAUGUGGACCCCCGGGCCCAGAGCUUCAACCUGUGUUUGGCUUCUGUCUCAUUUGUGUUGUGAACAUUUCUUUCACUCUCAAUCCUUCAGUCUUUGUCUCCUUCCCUCUAUCUGUUGCUCACUCAUUCUCUCCCCUCCCUGUCGUUUCAUGUUCCAAGCCAUGUGGAGCUAGGCUACCUCUGUCUCUCUAUUAACAACCUCUUCCAGUCAUUCCAUCCAUCCUCCACGUCUCUCACAAGGGACUGGCUCUAGAUGGAUCUCUUUGGGUGCCAAGUAUACAGUUUGUGCAUGUUGGAGUCUCUGCCCAUGCGUCCCUGGUGGUGUCCCUUCCUUAAAUCUGUGUAUUGUUUUUGUGUGUCGGGAGAGAUAGGGGUGGGGUCGUUUACUGCACUGUCCUUUACUGUAUGUGGUGAUUGUUUUUGUUGGUUUUUGUGCCUCAUGGCUAAACGAUUCUUGUGCCGUGCCCCUAACUUUCUCUUCUCCCCUCUUUGUCUCCUCUCUUUCUCUCCCUCUCUCUCUCUCUCUCCCUCCCUCUCUUCCUUUCGUGUUUUUGUUCCUUUUUUUUAGAACAAAUCUCCAUGCCUGUUUGCUCAUCAUUAGCCUAGCAUGUCUUCAUGAUGUUGAAAGCCAAGCCAAACUCCUGGCCUCAUCAUCCCACCAUUGUCUGUGAUGUCUCUCUAAGCUCGCCUGACCAAUACCUGGCCACCCACUGACCCUUGACCUUAGCUCAACCUGAUUUGUUUUUUUCCUGCAUGAAUAUUUUUUGUUUUUUCUCUGUAUAGAAAUGUGAUAGAUGGGAGGGAGGUCAAGCUAAUCAAUGUGAAAACUUACCUGCGUUUAAUUCAUUUAAGAGAACUUUUUGUGUUUGAGAAUGUUUAAAAAAAAAAACAACCUGUGGGAUUCCUUUUUUUAAUUUAGCUUUUUUUUUUUCCUCUUUGUUUUUUUUAAGUUGCUUUCUUUUUACCUCUCAGUAAACUUCACUUGAAAGUUGAAUACAGGGAUUGGCACACAGCUGUGCUAUUCGGUGCCAUUAGCAAUAUGUUGGUUUAAAAAAAAAAAUUAAAAAAAAACUUCAGACAACUUUCCAACACUUUUAAAAGUCUGACCAGUAAACCCCCUCUCAGUGCUCUGUGAUGAUCUCUACAUUUUGCGAGCAGUGUGAAGAUUUACACCAAGGCUAUUUAAAAAAAUAUAUUCUUUUCAUUUGCAAAAAAUAUCCAGUGUAUUUACCUUCUUUCUUUUGAACUAUCAAUGGCACAAUAACAGGUACAUUUGCUCUGUUUAGAGAAAUGACUACCUACAUGAGUCAACUUUUUUAGAACUGAUUCACAAAUAGACAAUCUGUGGUUUAAAUGCACACUUAGAUUACCUAUAUUUUAUACCAUUGAAUCUAUAGAAGUUUAACUAACAGGACCCAGGCAAAACGUUGGGUUUUUUGUAGAUUAUGUUGUAAUGUCAUCUGUGUCGGGGGGGUUCUUCAGUGUAUUACAUUUAUAAAGAGGACUAAAUCAGUUGUAAAAUCAGUGUGACCAUUUAAGGGUCAUUUCUAGUCAAUUAAAAACACUGAGUUAAUGAUUCCUCUGCAUUAAUUGUAAUUUGAUUUUCUUGGGGCGGGGGAGUACUUUUUUUUUUAAAUAGUCACAUUUUUGAGUAUGUAGGCAAUUUUCUCCUGCAUUUAAAGAAAACUUUAAAAAAGUGUUAUUUUCCACGGUACAUCUGGUUGACUGUGAAUUUCUCGUUAAUAAUUUAAUUAAUGGAUGUUUCACUUUGGUUUAGUUCGGAUGCCUCAUGUUGAAAGAUGAUUUACAAUGUCUGUUAAUCACACAGAUGCCAGACAUGUAUUUUUUUUUUUCUUAGUUUUAUUUUGUUGAAGUGCCCAUGUGUCAAAACUCAGUGUUUUUGAUUUCACACAAACUUUUUUCAUGUAAUAUUUCCUGUUUUUUCCUAACACGCACACAUGCACACUGCGACACACAAAAACACUUUCUGUCAUUGCAAACGUGGGAGCCCCUGAAGGAAGAGAUCACCCGGACACAACAUGCGACCUGUGGGUCUCUGCACAUUUUUUUUUAGACACACACACACACUUGCUUUUUAUUUUAGUUUUUUGCUGAUUAUUCUUUUCAUGUGUAAUGUUUGAGUCAUACACCACAGUAUGCACAGCACAUUAACCACUAAACCACUAAAUCGACCACAAAAGUGUUGGUUUACAAAUACAUUCCAUUUUUUUCAGCACAAAGUUUACAAUUUUUUUUAUUGGGGGGUGGUAUUUUGUCUCUCUUACUACGAUUCUGGUAAAAUAACAACCACUUCAGUCCCUAAGGAAAGGGUUACCUAAAACUGCGUACCUGAUGGCGCUUUAGAGUUGUCAACUCAGGGGUUUUUGUGUAUGUGUGUGUGGGUGAAACUAAGACAAGAUUUUACCACACAAUGCACAAUUGUCACAUUUGUCCUUGUUUCAGUUUGGAUUUUUUUCCUCUCAAAAUACAUAAAUGUUCCAAAAAAGUAAUAGAAAGGUACCAAAUUUUAAACAGUGCUUGAGGAAAGUGUAGUUUUGUAAGGGAACGUUAAAGCACAAUUUGUGGGAGCUAAAUCACUUUUUGCAGAAUGUUGUGUGUGUGAUUAUAAUCCCAAAAAUGUCACGGUACCACUGAUUUCACUUUUGAAUAAUGGGCAUGUGCUUUUUACAGUGUGUUUUUUCUAUCCAAAUGCAAUACAAUAUUCAAAGUGCCAUAUAUACGUCUAUAGAAACUGCCUACACAUCCUUAUUAGGCCUUGGUUUAGAGAUUGCUGCAGUUUGCCGUAUCUUUUUGUCUAUUUAUGCCAGUGUCAUUAAAGCUCUUGUCACCUGCUCAUGUUCCCCCCUCGCCUCCCGCUCCUCCCCCACUCUGUGUGUUGAGUUACUGGUAAUGUGUAAUGUGAUGUACUUCAAUUUGAACAGUUGGUUUGAAGAACUUGUAGAUAAAACAAUAAACUUCCCUAUACAUUUG